UCACACCCCCCGAAUGCUUUCUCUUCUCAUUCAAUAUGAUGUAGCAUGAGCAACCACGAUAGUCUCACAGAAUGGGCUUUGAGUCGUGGCUACAAGCUCAAUGGCAUCAAAGCCCAUGCCUUCGCCGGCAGGGGUUUAGGUGUCAUUGCCGAGAGGAACAUUGAGCCUGGAGAAGCCCUCAUGAUCAUUCCAAUGAGGGCUGUACGUACGGCUGAGACGGUACCCAGGAAGAUUGUUGAAUCGGUGGAUUCUUGCAGCAACAAUGGACUUCUCGCCGCUGAAUUGGCCCAGGACGAAUCAAGUGAAUUUGCUGUUUGGCGCCAGAGUCUCCCCAGCAUGCAGGAUCUGCAGACGAUGCCGGUCGUGUGGGAAGAAGUUGUCGCUCAGUGUCUGCCGUCCAAAGCACGAGGGAUACUGUCCAAACAGGCCGCUAAAAUACGAAAAGAUUGGGACGCGGUUACGGCGGGACACAUCGACGUAUCAUUCGAGAACUUUCGUUACUUUUGGCUACUGGUCAAUACCAGGACGUUCUAUUACACUCCUUCCAACAUGAAGACUGCACCGGUGAGCUCGGAGGAAUGUUUAGCUGUGGUGCCGUACGGAGAUUACUUCAACCAUUCUGACGUCGGCUGUAAAGUGGCGUACUCAGCAUCGUCCUAUGAGAUCACGGCAGAUCGGCGGUACUCAAAAGGGGAAGAAGUGUUCCUGUCGUAUGGGAACCACUCGAAUGAUCUCUUGCUCGUCGAGUACGGUUUCAUUUUCGACGGUAAUCGAUGGGAUGAGACGACCCUCGAUGAUGUCGUCAUUCCUUUGCUGAGUGAAGAUCGAAAGAAGAUCCUUCAGAACGAAGGGUACUGGCUCGAUUACCACCUUGACCGGGAUGGACCGUGUUACCGGACCAAGGUGGCAGUGAGACUGCUCUGCAUGCCUCUACGGCAGUGGAGGCGUGGCCUCGCAAAGGGAUUUGAUGACGACGAUAGGUACAAACGCAUGGUCAAUGAGCAUCUCUUGAGGGUGUUCGGGAAUUACAGGAGGAUCGUGAGCGAGCGACUUGAGCAGGCCUCGAACCUCAGCGUUGGUAUCGAGGCCCAGAAAGAUAUCUUGAGAAGGCGCUGGGGUCAAAUAGACAAGAUGAUAUUAGAUGCCAUCGAGCAAAUCAAACGCUGAACAAAUUGUCGCU